AUCGAAGAUGAUCCUAUAGAUGAUGAUGAAUAUGUGAUUAAUCGGACUAAACAAGUUAUGAAGUCUGGUGUCAUUCGUCCGUUAAUUAUCAUGACAAAAAAUUCUAGUCAAGCGAUUCGACAAUUAGUGGCAAAAGUAUUUCUUAAUCUUGCAACAGAUCAAAGUAAUCGAGGCGCAAUUGUUCAGCAAGGCGGCAUUAAAGCUUUGAUCCCAUUAGCUACCAAGAAUACAAAAGAAGUUACCGAACUUGCAAGUCACGCUUUGGCAAAAAUUGCCAUUACAAUGGACCCAAAUUUGGCAUUUCGUGGUGAAAGAGCUUCAGAUCUCGUACGUCCUUUUCUUUCUUUAUGUCAAGGAGGAAGUGAACUUCGUCAAUUUGAAGCUUUAAUGGCUUUAACAAAUUUGGGAAGUUCGGAUAAUGAUAUUCGAAUGCGGAUAUAUGAUGCUAAAGGAACCCCAAUUAUAGAAAAUUUACAACUUUCUGAUAAUGACAUGAUUCGUCGGGCAGCAACUGAAUGUUUAUGUAAUAUGAUGUUUUGCGAACCAGUUUAUAAUAUGUACAGUGAUCCUCAAAUGUCCUCGAACAAAAUUAAAAUAUUAGUUGCACUUUCUGAUGUUGAAGAUUUUGAAACUCGACGAGCAGCUAGUGGAGCUUUGGCAAUUUUAUCGACAAGUCCCGAUGUUUGUAAUAUGAUUGUUGAUCGACCACGUGGAAUAGAAAUAUUAAAAGAUUUAAUUGCUGAAGAAUCGGUGGAAAUGCAACAUCGUAGUGUUGAAUGUUUCAAAAAUAUUUCAAAAGUUAGCAAAGAAAUGUGUCAACGAUUGGUUGAAGCUAAAGUUCAUGAAAAUUUAAAAUUGUUGAUUAAAAAUUGCAAAAUUGAGUCUGUUGUGGCCAUAGCUGUCGAGACAUUACAAGAAAUCGCAAAACAUGGUUAUUUACCAAAGAAUGAUGCCAAAUAG